CCGCCCUCCCGCCGCGGCCAACCUAACGGCGGGCACGCCGGGGCCUGGCGGCGGUCGGGCUCUGCGCCUGCGCGGGCCUUGCGCCUGCGCACUCCGCGUCGGGGCUGCCCGCCGGCCGUGGGCAGGAUUUAGCUGCGCUCGCCUGCCACGAGGAUGGACAGCGAAGUGCAGAGGGAUGGCAGGAUCCUGGAUUUGAUCGAUGAUGCAUGGAGGGAAGAUAAAUUGCCGUACGAAGAUGUGGCUAUCCCUCUGAAUGAGCUUCCUGAACCAGAACAAGACAAUGGUGGCACAACAGAGUCUGUGAAGGAGCAAGAAAUGAAGUGGACAGAUUUGGCUCUGCAGUAUCUCCAUGAAAAUGUUCCACCCACGGGAAACUAGUGCAGUGGAUGCAUGAAUGCAAUAUAAAAAAAUAUUCAUCAGCUGACCAUCGCUGUCAUAAGCUCCUCCAAGGAGGAAACAUUUCUGAAAAAGGCUCAAUUCAAACAAUGGUUCUACUCCCAGUGACUAAACACUGUUUAAAAUGUUUCUGUAAUGAGUGUGAAAUAACAAUGGCUAUCUGGACACCUCAGAGCUACUAUCAGAAUGUUUCUCUUAUGUAAAAUUAUUUCAUAUCUUCUGUUAAAUUGUUAUUAAGUUGGUGCCAAUUCUGAUCUUAAAUGUUUUCUACAUGUGAUAAAAGAAGUCUUUUUUAUUGUC